AUGGGGCCACAAACAUUACAGAUGAUGAAACCGACCACACACCACAGAAAUGAGGAAACCGACUACACAUCACAGAAGUCUGAAAGACCAAAAGAUGUCACACUAACACAUGGGGCCACAAACAUUACAGAUGAGGAAACCGACUACACAUCACAGAAGUCUGAAAGACCAAAAGAUGUCACACUAACACAUGGGGAUACAAACAUUAGAGAUGAGGAAACCGAGUACACACCACAGAAGUCUGAAAGACCAAAAGAUGUCACACUCCCACAUGGGGCCACAAACAUUACAGAUGAGGUAACCGACUACACAUCACAGAAGUCUGAAAGACCAAAAGAUGUCACUCUAACACAUGGGGAUACAAACAUUAGAGAUGAGGAAACCGAGUACACACCACAGAAGUCUGAAAGUCCAAAAGAUGUCACACUAACACAUGGGGCCACAAACAUUACAGAUGAGGUAACCGACUACACAUCACAGAAGUCUGAAAGACCAAAAGAUGUCACACUAACACAUGGGGAUACAAACAUUACAGAUGAGGAAACCGACUACACAUCACAGAAGUCUGAAAGACCAAAAGAUGUCACACUAACACAUGGGGAUACAAACAUUAGAGAUGAGGAAACCGAGUACACACCACAGAAGUCUGAAAGACCAAAAGAUGUCACACUAACACAUGGGGCCACAAACAUUACAGAUGAGGAAACCGACUACACAUCACAGAAGUCUGAAAGACCAAAAGAUGUUACACUAACACAUGGGGAUACAAACAUUAGAGAUGAGGAAACUAAGUACACACCACAGAAGUCUGAAAGACCAAAAGAUGUCACACUAACACAUGAGGCCACAAACAUUACAAAUGAGGAAACCGACUACACAUCACAGAAGUCUGAAAGACCAAAAGAUGUUACACUAACACAUGGGGCCACAAACAUUACAGAUGAGGAAACCGAGUACACACCACAGAAGUCUGAAAGACCAAAAGAUGUCACACUAACACAUGGGGAUACAAACAUUACAGAUGAGGAAACCGAGUACACACCACAGAAGUCUGAAAGACCAAAAGAUGUCACACUAACACAUGGGGCCACAAACAUUACAGAUGAGGAAACCGAGUACACACCACAGAAGUCUGAAAGACCAAAAGAUGUCACACUAACACAUGGGGAUGAGGAAACCGAGUACACACCACAGAAGUCUGAAAGACCAAAAGAUGUCACACUAACACAUGGGGCCACAAACAUUACAGAUGAGGAAACCGAGUACACACCACAGAAGUCUGAAAGACCAAAAGAUGUCACACUAACACAUGGGGAUACAAACAUUACAAAUGAGGAAACCGACGACACAUCACAGAAGUCUGAAAGACCAAAAGAUGUUACACUAACACAUGGGGCCACAAACAUUACAGAUGAGGAAACCGACUACACACCACAGAAGUCUGAAAGACCAAAAGAUGUCACACUAACACAUGGGGAUACAAACAUUACAGAUGAGGAAACCGAGUACACACCACAGAAGUCUGAAAGACCAAAAGAUGUCACACUAACACAUGGGGCCACAAACAUUACAGAUGAGGAAACCGAGUACACACCACAGAAGUCUGAAAGACCAAAAGAUGUCACACUAACACAUGGGGGUAACAAACAUUACAGAUGA